UCUAGGAGCGGGCUGACCUCUGACAGAGCGCCGCUUUCCGGCUCGCAAAUACGGAAGCAGCAUGGCGUCAAACACCGACAUCUCCGAGCGCCAAAGAAGUGCAAGGCAAAGACUGAGAAUUAUAGCCGGCCAUUUGCAGAAAAGCGAGGGAAAUGAGCACACGGCGUUAUCUGCACAAGAGUGUAAAGCCGAGACGCCCAGAUCUAACGCUGCUAAAGUGACCGCGGUACCGAAAAGAAGGCAAGAAAUACUGAAGUGGAAUGGCUGGGGUUACAGUGAUUCCCGUUUUUUCUUCAACAAGAAAGGCCAGGCUGAGUUUACAGGCAGAAGGUAUCGGCUAAGUGGUCUGAUUCUCCCUAGCCUGAAGGACUGGUUUGAGGGUACGUUUGGUGCCAACCUACAACAUAAAACCCCAGCUACAGCCAGUUUGAAUGUGAGUGCGGUCCCGCCCCCGAACCUGAACGAGCUGUUUGUGGAGGAGCUGAAGACUGCCGGUGUGGCCCUGUCAACUGACCCGGAGGACAGAGUGUUCCGCUCUCAUGGUCACUGCCUACAUGAGAUCUUUGCCCUGAGAGAGGGAAGAAUUGGAAAAAUACCAGACCUUGUGGUUUGGCCAAGCUGUCACGAUGAUGUAGUGAAGAUUGUGGAGCUGGCCUGCAAGCACAAUGUGUGUUUGAUACCGUAUGGAGGUGGUACGAGUGUUUCCAGUGCUCUCGAGUGCCCCCCAGAGGAGACUCGAUCCAUUGUCUCGCUAGACACCUCUCAGAUGAAUCGAAUAUUGUGGAUUGAUGAGAAAAACCUAACAGCCCAUGUAGAGGCUGGCAUCAUUGGCCAGGACCUGGAAAGGCAGCUGAAUGAGAGUGGCUAUUGCACUGGACAUGAGCCGGACUCUAUGGAAUUUAGCUCUCUUGGAGGCUGGGUGGCUACACGUGCAUCAGGCAUGAAGAAAAACAUCUACGGCAACAUCGAAGACCUGGUGGUACAUAUAAAGAUGGUGACCCCUAGAGGUGUGAUUGAGAAGAGCUGCCAGGGUCCACGACUGUCCACUGGGCCAGACAUCCACCAUUUCAUCCUCGGAUCUGAAGGCACACUGGGUGUGGUCACCGAGGUUACAAUGAAGAUCCGUCCACUCCCUGAGUAUCAGAAAUACGGUUCUGUCGUCUUCCCAAACUUCCAGCAGGGCGUGGCCUGUCUGCGAGAGGUGGCUAAACAGAGAUGUGCUCCAGCUUCUAUUCGACUGAUGGACAACGAGCAGUUCCAGUUUGGUCACGCUCUUAAACCUCAAGUGUCCUCCAUCUUCACAUCGUUUUUGGAAGGGCUGAAAAAAUUUUACAUCACGAAGUUUAAAGGCUUUGAUCCCCAUCACCUGUGUGUGGCCACGCUGCUGUUUGAAGGAGAUCGGGAGAAGGUGUUGCAGCAUGAGAAACAGGUUUACGACAUUGCAGCCAAAUUUGGAGGCCUGGCAGCAGGAGAGGAUAACGGACAGAGAGGAUACAUGCUCACCUUCGUCAUUGCUUACCUGCGGGAUUUGGGGAUGGAUUAUUAUGUGAUAGGCGAGUCGUUUGAGACAUCAGUGCCUUGGGACAGAGUUUUGGACCUGUGCAGAAAUGUAAAGGAGAGGAUAGUCAGAGAGUGUAAAGAGAGAGGAGUGCAGUUUCCACCACUGUCUACAUGCAGAGUGACACAGACCUAUGACGCUGGCGCCUGUGUGUAUUUCUACUUUGCCUUCAACUAUAGAGGUCUCAGUGAUCCAAUACAUGUCUAUGAGCAAGUGGAGCACGCAGCCCGAGAGGAGAUUCUAGCCAAUGGGGGAAGCCUGAGUCACCAUCAUGGAGUGGGCAAGCUGCGGAAGGAGUGGAUGAGGGAGACCGUCUCCAAUGUGGGUCUGGGUAUGCUCAAGUCCGUAAAGGAGUAUGUGGACCCCAACAACAUAUUUGGCAACAGAAACCUCCUGUAACACCACUUUCAAAAACCUCUGUUAUUUUUUCCCUUGGUCACAUAUAGCCCUAUUUGGAAUUAAGGCAUAAUACAUGCUAAUUUUUAUGUAUGCAAUACAAGCAGUGAUUUAUGUUCAGCUUUUGAUCAGUAUCUAAUUCUAUUUCAAUACCUUACCACGAAACUCUGCACAAGACUAAACACUUCCUGCCCUCUCUGUCCCCUCCCACCGCCUUUCCAGCCCCUCCCCCCACCUUUCCGGCCCCCUUUCAUUUGUACUGCUGUGAGAAAGGUGAAAGUUCAGACAUGAUGUCUGACGCAUCCGAUUCUCUUACUGCAAUUUUUUUUUCCAGCUUCACAAAUCCAUCGACUGCCAAUGAGAAGUUGCCUUUCACAGAAAGUUCGGUCAAGCAAAUUGACUAUGAAACACUGAUUACAUAAAAAUGAUGUUUGUUUACCCGCUUCCCAGUUGAACUCAUUUUUCAUUUCUUGCUGAUCUUGCCAACUUUGGCUUGAUCUAACUUUUGAUAUAUUAAAUGAAAGGAUGUUCCUGUGUAGUUUGUGCGUGACACUACUUUAGUGUUGACUGCGUUGUGCUUUUAAAAGCAGUGUGCCUUCUCUUUCUGUCUCUGUGUGGGUGUUGGCCUUGCCUUCCUUUACCUCACUCCUUUUUUUUAUUUUUUAUUUUUUUUUAAGAAAAAAAGAGUGACUCCAUUUAAACGUCUGCUGUCUCUUCACACAGCUCCUUUGUAUAUCUGCAGUUCCAUACAUCUCCCUUUUGCCUUUUCUAACAGUCCGUUUCAACUUUUUGCCAGGGUCUUUGCGUGUACACUUGGAUGUUUUAUCUACAGUCCCUUCUGAGAUUUUGAAAUGUUUGUAUAGGUGUGCCUGUUCAGUGUAAACUGUAGGAAACAUGUCAGUUCAUAGGAGUUCCACCUUGCUCCUGCAGAACUUGCUCUAGCAUGUUGACUGCAUCUAAGCUCCUGAUUCUUUCCUCUGCUCAGUAAGAUUUCUCAUGGUGUCCUUUGAGAGAGCAGUUUAGUUUGGUUUGUUAGUGUUUAAUAAUGACGGUGUGAGACCCCUGUCCUCCUACCAAAGACUUUCAGCCUUUCAGUCCUUUGGCUAUAUGCAUUCAUACACCUGUAAAUUGUGAAUAUAUGUCAUAUAUCACAUUGCAUAUAUUUGUUUAUAAAUGACCAUCUAAGAGUCACCAUGAUAAUUUGUAAUUUUUAAGUCUUGUUUUCAACACAACAUAUGCAAAAAAAAAAAAAAAGUAAGAAGUGAUCUGUAAAUAUUAGGGUUGUAAUCAUUUCAUCUAGUUCUAAUGUUUGUCCAAGCUCACAAGAAGCCUGGCUAUGGAUGUUAGACACUUGUGGAUUUUCAGCUCCUGUGUGAAAAGGUGUCUGUCUGUUCGUCUGAACGCAUCAAAAUUUCCUAAUGUCUGUAAGGGUCAUGUCUUGUGUUCUUGUUACUUAUGAGUUACUUAUGAUUUGCCUUCUCAAUCAAUAUCGAUUUCUGCACUGAUUUGGCUUUUGCUCUCUCUUUUCUCACACUUAAAGGAAAACUCCAGUGUUUUUCAACCUAAUGUCUGUCCACUAAAUGUGCAGCAUAUGUGCGUUUACUACAAACAAGUAUUUCAACACACUUGUAUAGAGACCAGAAUGGAAAAACUCAUUUACUCAGAACUCACUUUAUGAUGUAUAAGGGCAGGUGUUGAAAUUAUUGUCCCUUCAUUAACUGAAAUAUAUGAAUAUAUUGAACAACAGCUCUUGACUUGGGAAAAGGUUUAAUAAUACUCAUUUAAGCCUGCCCUGUUAUUUAGGUAAGGUUCUUACCUCAGAAACAGUAGUCCUACAGUAACUCAGAAACUACUCAGAAACAGUAGUCCUGGAACAGUAAUUCUAUCUUCAGAGUUAUAAUUGAAAUACUUGCGAUGGAACAUUUUAAUUGUAAAGUAAUAAAAUGUGUUUAGUGCCCUAUCUGAGGAUGCACUGAUCUCACUUGUUCGAUGCCAAUAACAGAAUUUUCUAUCAGCUAGCAUCUGAUACUGAUCCAAUACUGAUAUCUUUGAGUAAGAGACAUGACUCAAGUUAUCAAGUUAUAUGUGACAGGGGUUGACAUGAUGCACGUGAAGGAUCAGUGCUUUCAGUACACAUACUGUGUUUAUUAUCUACGCAGCGACAAAUACAUCAUUGGCUUGGAUUUGAAGAAUGUCAGCUUAAUUCUGAAUCAGUAUUUGAGGUCAAUAUCUGGACCAAAACUGAUCACUUUGGACUUUUGAGCUCAGUAUCAGUCCAUCUCUGUAGAAUCUUUGCCCUUAGACGUCUAUUAUAAGUGAAAUUUGAGUAAAAAGGUUUCCAUUCUGUUAUCAAUGCAGGGAAAUGUUUCAGACUUGUCAGUGGUUGUCACAUGUACACUACAAAUGUGGAAGAUAGAAGUUUAGACUGAAAAAUAAAUGCUAGAGUAUUCCUUUAAGCUGAACCUAAGCCUUCCUAGUAUACUGCUGUAUGGUGCUAGAGUAAAAUGCAAAGUUACUGAUGUCAAAUUCCUCAUUUUAUUUUUUGUAUAAUCUCUUUUGCCUUUCUACCAUUAUAUUGAUCCAACCAACCCUCCUGUGAUGAUUUCUAUGCAUCAUUUUCCCAUAUAGAUGUUAACAAAACUAUUUACAACACCUGAGUGCUCAGUCUCUCACACACUGCUCCGUGAUUCACGUUUAAUGGAAGCUGUUGUAAAUACAAACUGAAAACAGUCUGGCUUUUCUCUGUGAAAUAUGGAAUGAAGGAAAUGUUGGGGCUUAUUUGCCCCCCCCCUGUUGAACAUUUUCUGAACAUUCUUAGCAGCCUGUUCCUGCCAUUUCACAACCUAUAAAUGUCCAGGAUGCUCCUUUGGUCAUUCUCUAGUUUCCUUGGUAACAUGUUUAACCUUGGCAUCCAUUUUGUCAGUGCUGUUUGUGCAAUAAAUUAACAUUUAAAACA